AUGAGACUCAACACGUUGCUGCUGGCGUUCGGGCUUUCGGCAUCUCUCCGGGGUGUACAAGCCGAGACAGAAGUCGAGAAAUCCAUCGCUUCCGUCUGGGACGACUUCAAGAAUGCAGUGAACUGCGGUGCUUGCCAGGUUCUCCUCGGUAGCAUUAAGGUUACCGCAGGACUCGGCGAGGAUUUCAUGGUCGAUGUGUUCACUGGAUUGUGCAAAAUCAGCGGGGUCGAGGACCCAGAUGUCUGCACCGGAAUCAUCGAGAAAGAAGGUCCUGCACUGCAUGAUGCUUUCAAUGCUUUACAACUUAACUCUGAUGCUUCCAAGACACUGUGCGCUAGUUUGGUCGGGCUCUGCAAAUACCCUGAGGUUCAUCCUUACAGUCUGGCAUUCCCUUCACCCAAGCCAAAGACUGUGAGACCUCCACCUAGCGGAAAGACGCCGCUGAAGGUCGUCCAUUUCAGCGAUACACAUGUGGACCUCCUUUACGAGCCUGGAUCCAACUACGAGUGCUCCAAGCCCAUCUGUUGCAGAACUUGGUCUGAUGAAGAUGCACCUGAGAAUACAGAACACCCAUGUGGACCAUUUGGAAACACAAAGUGUGACCCACCACAAAUACUUCAGGAGAGCUUGCAUGCUGCUAUCGCAGACAUUAACCCAGAGUUCUCCGUUUACACCGGAGAUGUGGUGGCUCACGAUAUCUGGUUGGUUGACAAGGCCGAAGCUCUGAAAGGGCUAAAUGCCACGUACAGCGCAAUGGAAAAAGAUAUCGGCACUGUGUACGCUGCCAUAGGAAACCAUGACACCGCACCACUCAACCUCUUCCCUGCGGAUGCUUCCCAUGAAGCCGAUCCUCAAUGGGCCUACGAUACACUUGCGGAAGAUUGGUAUGCACUCACGGGCAUUCCUUCCGUCAAGUCUGCGGAUCAAUUUGCCUCAUACUCAGCCGUCCACCCCAACAGCAAUCUGCGCAUUAUUUCAUACAACAGCAUCUUCUACUACAUAUACAACUUCUAUAUGUACCAGGAACCAAUGGAGAAAGACCCACGCGGACAAUUUGAAUGGCUCAUCAAGGAAUUGCAGACCGCCGAGGACGCAGGCCAACGCGCAUGGCUGAUCGCUCAUAUCCCAUCCGGUGUACCUGAUCACUUCCGCGACCAUUCGGAGUACUUUGACCAGAUUGUGCAGCGCUACGACGCCACCAUUUCAGGAUUAUUCUAUGGCCAUACGCACAGAGAUGGGUUCCAGAUCGCAUACUCCGACUACAACAACCGUGACUGGAACACCGCCACUGCAAUGGGUUAUGUCGCUCCAGCGGUGACACCAACGGAAGGGUCACCCUCUUUCCGUGUCUACGAGGUUGAUCCAGUCACCUUCGGUGUCCUGGAUUACACCCAGUACAUCGCCAACAUCAGCGACCCAUCCUUCCAGACAAAGCCAGAAUGGAUACCUUAUUACUCUGCCAAAGCAGACUACGGAUCCAAGAUCUCUCCUCCGCUCACAGAUCCCAAAGCUGAGAUUAGUCCGGCUUUCUGGCACAACGUCACUGUCGCCAUGGAACGUGAUCCGACCGUUUUCCAAGAUUACUGGGCGAGACGUUCUCGUGGAUUCCAAGUCGAGAGUUGCGAUGAUGACUGCAUGAAGAAUGAGAUCUGCCUUCUUCGCGCCGCUAAUGCACAGUAUAACUGUGAGAAGCCAAAGGCUUUCGACUUUUCUAAGCGUGAUGGGCAGGAGGGUGAUAUCUUGCUGGAAAAGGAGCCUCAUAUUGACUGCGAUCAUGCUGGAAUGGCGACGCUGGUCUCGAAGAUGGCGCAUCAGGCUAAACUUGAGCGGAGAAGGGAGCUUGAGGGCGAUGAUGGGUGA